AUGGGAGAGCUUUCUGGCUCAUUUGGAAUCCCUCAGUCCUGCCGAUUGGCUGUGAUAAAUGACCCAGAACAAGCAGGGUUGAUUAUCAACACAGUGUUCAGCCUAAUGGCAGCCCGGAGUCGAGUGGUGAUGGCCUCUGUCCUGGUUUAUUUCAUCCAGCUUCCUGGAGCCGGAUGCCAGGAGAACUGUGUCAAUGCUGAACAUUGCCUGUCGACCGACUGGGUACAUCUCUGGUAUAUAUGGUUGCUGGUGGUAGUCGGUGCAUUGCUUCUCCUGUGCGGCCUGACUUCAGUGUGCUUCCGCUGCUGUCUGAGCCGUCCAGAAAAUGGGGAAGAUGGGGCCCCACCACCCUAUGAAGUGACCGUCAUUGCUUUUGACCAUGACAGCACUCUGCAGAGUACCAUCACAUCCCUUCAGUCUGUGUUUGGCCCCGCAGCUCGGAGAAUACUUGCAGUGGCCCACGCACACAGCUCCCUGGGCCAGCUGCCCUCCUCUCUGGACACACUUCCAGGCUACGAGGAAGCUCUUGGCAUGAGCCGAUUCACAGUGGCAAGGUGUGGGCAGAAAGCUCCUGAGUUACCCUCAGUGCCAGAGGAAACACAGCUGCCUCCCACAGGGAAGGGCUCCCCUCAGACAGAACUCCCCUCACACUGAUGACAACAAUGUUGAUUGUAUUCCUAAUAACCGAGGCACCCGUAGAGUUGGGAAAGAGUCACAGACAGACUAUAUAUAGAGUCUUUUGUACCAUCUGAAAGGUUCAGGAUACCAUCUAGACAUAGUUCUGUCAACAAGGUAGGCUCUCACUCUCCAUUUACAAUAAUGUGCUUUUUCUGACACACAGUUUUCUAAUCGGAAUUCUAACUCCUCAUCCAAUGGUCAAAGUUUGCAACUCACCUCUAGCUAUAUUGAUCACCUCCAAAGCAGGGGAGCAUUAAGGUUUUCUUGAGUUCCUUCAACUAUGACAUGCUUCUAAAGUUCCUUUUACCAAACAAUACUGCAAUUUUCUCUUUUGUUUGACUUCGGUAACCUCUAAGGGAAACACAAUGCAAGCGCAGCCACUGACAUCAGUGCACCAAACACUCGUAUCUUUCCUUCUAGGGAGCAACCACCACUAUGCUGAACAAAGAUGGCCACCUUGUACAUCACAUAAUACCCACUGGGACUUGUAGAUUGCAGGGGGUGCUGAUGAGAGUGGAGAAACUAUAAUACAAUAUGUGCCACAUGUCGAAACCUUUUUAUCAUUUUUGUCCCAUGUACAAGUGUGAAACAUGGCACAGAGAACAACAAUGGUCCUAGAGCCUUGUCCUGCAA